GUCUGCAUUAUUCUGUUUCCGUUGAUGGCGCUGAAGUUGAUUCGACCAUGACUCAUCCCAUGAAUGUGACGAUUCUCAAGACUCUUGGUUUGCUGACUUUCACGGGAAUCAAUGGAAUCAAGAAUAUCAUACUGGAUACACACAGCCAGGAGACUGUUGUUGCUACACAGUCAGUGCACACCCUAGUUCUGGACAAACCUCUUGCUAUAACAAAUGAAGCUGAAUUCCGACCUGCUAUCCAGAAAGUUUGGUCGAGUGUGUUAGGCGAAGAAGUGACAGUGAUCCUAGGACCAAGUAAAGAAUACAUUAUGCAACAUGGGAAGCCUGUGUGGAAAUUGGAGUACUUCCUGCAAAUCAACGCUACAACACUGAAAACAAAUAUGAUUCCACGUUUAAAUAGCAGCCAGAAACUGUCUUUAGAUCAGAUGAUUGCUACCGUCAGUUCACCAAGAGGUGGGAAGUACGCUGUGAUUAAGGAACAAAGCCUCCGAGAGUAUGCCAUGCACUUCCCUCUUUAUUUCACUAGCAAGGUGGCACAAAAGGAUAUGGCUAAAAUAAAGGAGGAGAUCAGAAAAGCUUGGUCCAAUUCAACAGGGGAGAACGUAUCGAAUAUUGCCGUUGAUAUUACAUCUCAGAAAGAAAUGCUCGACCAACAUGGAAGGUCUGUUUGGAAAUUGGCCUAUUUUCUGAAGAAGGAUGGCAAACCUGUGGACUCCAGAGUCAUAGAAUUCAGAAAUGUGACGAAGGUUUUGAAACUAAAACUGUCUCAGCUGAACGAUAUACGGGACUGGCUUUCCACGUGUUAGUGUCGUUACCAGACGUGUACAGACAUGAUCAAAUGUUUCGUCUUUUUCUCUCUGGUAAAUUGGACCAGCAAGCUAAAAUAGAACUCAAGAAGAAACUACAAGAGAUGUUUCGAAAUAUAACUAAUGGUAAACUAAAUGAAAAAAGAUUUAGUUUCAUCAAAAGUUUGCAUUGUAUAUAAUAUAUGUGUAGCUCUCUUCCAUGCAAUGAUGGCGUGCACGUGUGUUUCGGUGCCUCUGAUCGCCAAUAAAAUGUGGAGAUUGCUUAUUAAUUUAAAUAUAUACUCGUAAAAAUGUUUCUGCGCAAAAAAUAAAAUGGUCUCAAACCCAAAGUGACAUUUGUAAAUGGUAGAAUUGUUACUCGUGUACAAAUCGUAUCACACAUAGUAGUGUUAGAAUUGAGUAUAUUGAUUCAAAGAUUUGCUGAACUAACUGCAGUUAAAUCACCUUGUCCCAAUCCCAAUCUUGUCUUCCACUUUAUUCAGUUAAAUCAGCUUGUCCCAAUCUUGUUUUCUACUUUAUUCAGUUAAAUCAGCUUGUCCCAAUCUUGUCUUCCACUUUAUUCAGUUAAAUCAGCUUG